AUGAAAAUGUAAAUAGCCCAAUUUAAUCGAUAAAUAUUUUCAUUCUGUGAAUAUUCAGACGAAGAAAAUCUAGUGUUCGUUCAACGUAGAUAUAAUCGAAUCGAUUUACCUGUCUUGUUUAAAAUUGAGUGCCAAAGUGUAAAAUACCUGAUUAAUUGUCCAAAAUGUCUAACCGGUAAAUAUAUCAAAUACCAAAUUAAAAAAAACUUACAAUGAAAAUGGCGGAUAAUACGAUAGUAGCAAUCAAAAACAAUUGUGAAUUUAUUAAUAGCAAGUGUGUCGAGGUUAAAAUUAACGAAAAUACAAAAGCAAGUUGCCUCGCGGAUCAGAAAACGAUAACAACAAAAUUCCUGGAUGGUAUUUUUAAUAGUUCCGAUAUUUCUACGCAAGAGGAGGCUGUUGAAGAAUAUUUGGCGGGAAAUGAAAAGACUGAUUUCAAUGAAGAGUUUCUACCUUGUGCGGAUAAUAGUGAAGAAGGAAUUUCUUUCAAAUCGGAAAAUGUACUUGAAAUCAACAACGAAUACGAAACUACAGAAGAAGACGUGAUUCGAAGUAAAAAAGAUAUUGCUAAGGAUCAAACAAAACGUACUGUUGGAAGUAGCUAUGUUGUUAGGAGUUUGAAAAAAAGGAGUAUUAAGUGGAAAUCAUACCAAUUUAAGAACCAAUCUAAACAAUUCCAUGGUUUUUUGCAUAUUUGUUCUUGAUUUUAAGUCUCUUUUCGUAAAUAUUGUUUUUUCAUUAAAAUGAUUUCUAACAUUUGCACAAUGCUAAAACGCUCUGGUUCAAAUCAUUAAUUUAAAUCUGUAGGAUUAACCCUCACUUGAAUGUAGAUUAAAUUUGAGAAUAGAAUAAAAAAAAAUUAUGGUUUCACUAUGGGGCCAUCGUUAUCAAGUAUUAUAGAAUAACAUAAAUAUUUUUUUUGAAAAAUUAUUCAAAUAGGCCCACACAGGAAUUGAAUGUAUAAAUUGUCUAAGUGUGAAAUUUGGAAAUUAAUUUAUUAUGAUAUGAUUUACGCCUGUAUUAAUUUACCCUACUAAAAAAUAAGAUAGGAAAAGAUUUUCUUACAUUAAAAAAAAUGUUCAUUUUGGUUUUUUUUAUAUCCAGAUGGGUUCACGCUAAUUGGGUCGAAACCCCUUAUACAGAGUAUCUGAAAAUGCUCUAAUGAGGAAAUAUAUAAUGUCAUUUUAUAUUCUAUUGUAAAAUUAAUAUUAUUUGUUUGCUGUUUAUUAUUAUUUAAAUUUUUCAGAAAAAAAAAUCGUCUUGGGACUAAUUACCCUAUAGUACUUAUUUUUUUAUGAAAGAAUUUUUAUUUGUUGUAUCUGAAUUAUCGCUUUUUCUUGCUAUUUGGUUCUUUGAGUUAAACAUCCUCUAACAGCCGCUAUGGGGCUCCAUCUUCACUUCCAACUACGAACCAUUAGUCAAGUAAAGUAUAGCAGUAGUUGGCAAUAAUGUGAAGUAAACUUUAGUUGAUAUAUUCAUAGCUCGAGAUAAUUUAAAAAUCUGGAUCUUAAAGACACUUAUUAUUUUACCCAAUUACCCAUAUACUGAAGUUUGCCGUACCGCAGACAAACCAUCAGAAAUACGAUUUCGGAUAGAGGGAGCUCGAGAUGCGUUUUAACAAUAUGAAGAAACUAUAUACUAGCAAAGAUAUUUCUCUAUAACUAAAAUUAAUACUGGUAAAGUGCUACAUAUUUUCUUUUUUGUUCUGCUGUGUAGAGGCUAGGACCACAAACUGAAAAACACGCUUUUAAAGCACAUCAAACUAAAAAAAUAAAAA